CUUUUUAUGCACAGAGCUGUGACAAAACUGCGACAAGAGGAUACAGUGUGCGGCCAUGAGGAAAAGUGAGGUGUUGGCAGCAGAGGCAGUAUCAUGCCUGAACAAAGCCCUGAUCCUCCUCAAAGACGUUUGGGAGGAGAUUGGGAUCCCAGAGGAUCAACGUCUGCAGAGAACCAACACAGUCAAGAACCACAUCCGGGGCCUAUUGGAGAUGAUGAUCGCGGAGGAGCACAGUCUGAAGCUUCGUUUGGAGGAAAGCAUCGAGUCAAGUCGCAGAGAAAUACAACAACUGUGUCUGCAGCUGGACCUGCCCCCCCCUCAGGAAGACAAUGGACAGACCAUUCUUCAGGCUGAGAAGGACCUGAGGACCAGAGUGGACCUCCUCUUGAAGGAAAAGUCCAAACGAAUGGAACAACUCAAAGAUCUACUCCGAGAGGACCUCGAGCUGGCCGAAAUAUUAGGAACACCUCCGUCCACCGUGUCCCCCACAAACGUCCCCAGCACGAGGACACUGGAUGACCUGAGACAGCACCUGGCCAAUCAGAGAAAGGAGAAGAGCCAGCGCGAGGACCAGUUCCGGUCCCUAAGAGCCCAGAUCCUGGUCCUGGUCUCAGACUUGGACCACAGUCCAGACUCAGGGCUGGAGUCUGACCUCCUGCAGUCAGAUCCGGACGAGUUCUGCCUGUCCUCGGAGAACCUCCACACACUGGGGUUGCUGCUGGAGCGGCUGCAGCGACGCCAGUCAGACCUGGAGGACCUGAGCUGUCGGAUUCAGGUUCAAAUUCAGAGUCUGUGGAAGCGAUUGGAGACCCCUGAGGACCAACGAGACGCCUUUACACAGAAAGUCCUACAACAGCACACGCUCACACAGAGGGUACAACAGCUGAAGUGUGAAGCUGAGCGUUUGGAACAUCUGAAGAUGGAGAGUAUUAAAUCUGUGUGUGACAGAAUUCGAGCUGAAAUCUCUGAAUUUUGGGACAAAUGUUUCUGCAGCGAAGAGCAACGCCUUGGGUUUACCACAUACUAUACAGAGGAGGUCUCAGAGCGGAUCUUGGAUAUUCUGGAGGCAGAGCUGCAGCGUCUGAAACAGUUUUAUGAAGAGCAUCAGCCAAUCAUGGAGGGCGUUCAGAAGUGGAUUGACCAAUGGGAGCUGUUCCUGGAGCUGGAGAGAAAAGCCUCAGAUCCUUCGAGGUUCACAAACCGAGGAGGAAACCUGCUCAAAGAGGAACGCCAGAGAACAGAGCUCAGCAAGAGCCUCCCGAAGUUGGAGCGUGUCCUCAGGGCUCAGAUCUCUCUCUGGGAGCAGUCUCAGAAUGCUCCGUUCCUGGUGAAGGGUCUGGACUUUCUCCAGUUUGUGGAGCAGCAGUGGAGCCUUCUACAGGAGCAGAGAGAACGCGAGAAGAAUCAGAGGCUGCUGAAGAAGGCCCGGCAGACGGAGGAGGACAUGUUGUAUGGCACCACAGUCCGGACUCCGACCAAACGCCGCUUCAUUGGAGCCUCCCCAAGUAGAACCCAGAACAGAACUCAGACCAGAGGCCCGAGUCCAGGUCUGAAGAACCAGGGACCCAGGAGUCUCAACAAAACCAAGAGAACACUGCUCAGUGGCUGCAGCCUCUCGACCAAUAGCACACUUAGGUCUGUGCAGGGACAAGUCUGCCGCUCCCCUGGGCCCCGACCCCCUUUGUGCCCUGCCCAGAUCCCUUUGGUCCGGACUCCGGUCCCCUCUAAACCUCGAGAGAACCAGGACCACCCCAGCACUAAACCAGGACUAACCCAGGACCAAAAGGAGAACCAAGUUCAGACUCUGGCCUCCAUAGCCUCCUCAUACUCCCAAUUUGUGAGAGACCUGUCCGAGUCCAACGGCCAAGUCCAGGCUCUGAACUCCACUGAUCUCUGAGUCCAGUGUUCAAGAAUGAUCCUUAAACCUGGAACGCUGAGCUGAUAUCAUAAUCUAGCGUUCACAAACACUACAGGAAGUCUCGCCCCUCUGACCUUUGACCCUGAGAAUGAAAUGAAGUUAUAUUUAUGUGUAAAUAGUUCUGAUCUGCACUUUCGAUUAAACGGCUUUGCUUUGUCACUGAAAUGUUACUAAAGAAAAAUUCAGAGGAGAGAGAGGAGAGAAAUGUAUUCUAAACAGAUCUGUAUCAUUUAUUUAAUGUUUGUGCUUUAUUAUGUUUUCUUGUGUUCUUGU